AUGAGUAUGCUUGAUUAUUUAGACCCUGUGCGACGUUCUUUAAUGUGGGCUAUUGGUCGGGGUCCUUUGCCUUUCGGGCAACAGGCAGUUGUUCGAAAGAUAGAAAGAUUCGUAAUCGCGAGAAGCAAGAUUUCCGCUGCUUUCUUCUUACUUCAAUCACAAUCUGUUUCGUUCAACACCUGGUCGUGCUCCUUCGUAAUUUGUGUAAAUUUCGUUAUCGUCCAACUCGUACUUUGUGUAAAUUUCGUGAUUCGUCCUCAGGACAAAAAAAUAGGUGGCCCAAAAAAUCUACUGUGUUGCCGAAACACCUCCCCGCAACAACAGCUGGGCUUGUAUAUGUAAGAGAUUGAGAUGCUUUGAGGAUGCAAUCCUAGUUUGAGUUUCUUCAUGCAAGAUAAUAAAGUUCCGUUUUUAUUCGCUGCAAAUUAAUUUGCAUCUAGAAACAGAAUAUAAUAUUGGUUUCUGGUAUUUCUGACGGAGACGGUACUAGGAGUAGGGCGCUUUUCAAUAUGAUAGGUCUGCGGUGUUGACCUGUGCAACCCCGGUUGUUGCUAAUCCGGGAUUGAUUGAGAGAGGAACGGGUCGCCCGCUCCUUGCACGCUUUUUUUACCUCAGCGGAGACUUCCAACCGCAAAUUUCGUAGAAAUUAAAGUUUUCGUAGGAAUCACUCUCUGAUGAAAAUCAAAGCCAGGAUCUGCCCUUCUUACGUAUGAUUUUCGUUUUUCUUUUUCGCUAGACGAGCUAGUUUGCUCGUUAGAAUGACAUAAAUAAAAGCCUCACAGAACAAGAUAUUACAGCAAGAAGAGUGAGAGUGACAAGAGAGUACUAGAUGAAGAGAAGAUAAUCCACCUUUACGUUUGAGUGGUCUAACCCUUAGUUUUAGCACGAGAAGAGAGAUAUUUCAAGUCGUGCAGCCCCUGUUCCCAUUUUUACGAGAUGUUUCUGAGUUAUCCGAGAAAAAAUCCCGCACCCGCGUGAAUGAAGAACGAGUUUUGAUACCGAGCUGCAAAUUCCGUUGUUAGAAAGUCAAAAAGAUACGCUAUCAUGUGAAAGUUUCCACUAUCCAAAUCUGCUAGUAACAUCAAGAACUAAAUUCAAAAAAUGCACCCGCCAAACUUUAACAUUAACUUCUAGAACGACAGAAUAAGAAUCGUCCACGCGAACCAAUAGAAGAACACAAUUGCUUCCUUUUUUGCCUUCGACGUCUCGCUUUCUUUUCUUGCGAAAAAACAAACAAAAAACAAAAGUUCGCGAAGCCCGCGCGUCCCCUUGCACGAUGAAAAUGCG